CAUGUCACAGCCGUUUAUGCUUCUCAUUCAGCCAAUCCCAUGUCUGCGUUCUUAGGCUGGUGUUCAGUCAGUCCUUGAUCUCACUGAACCUCAUCGAGGAUUUCCUUGCCGCCUCUCACAAAGCCAGAGAGCCUUUAUCAUCCGUAAAAGAGGGCAGCUGGAUUAAAAACUUGGAUUACUAUCGUCUGGACGGCUCCACCUGCGCUUCACUGAGGAAGAAAUGGACGGACAGGUUCAACAAUCCCUCCAACCACCGCGGCAGGUUGUUCUUGAUCUCAACGAGGGCCGGCUCCCUCGGGAUCAACCUCGUUGCCGCCAACAGGGUGGUCAUCUUCGACGCGUCCUGGAAUCCCUCCUAUGACAUUCAGAGCAUUUACAGAGUGUACCGCUUCGGUCAGCUGAAGCCGGUGUUUGUGUACCGCCUGCUGGCUCAGGGAACCAUGGAGGAGAAGAUCUACGACCGACAAGUCGCCAAGCAGUCUCUGUCCUUCAGAGUCAUAGAUCAUCAACAGAUAGAGAGACACUUCACUCUUUUUGAGCUGACUGACCUCUAUACGUUCGAGCCAGACCUGCUGGAUGAUCCAAACUCUAAGAAGAGCAAGAGGCCGACUCCCAUCCUGCCGAAGGACAGCAUCCUGGCGCAGCUGUUACAGAUCUGUAAAGACUGGAUCGUCUCCUACCAUGAGCACCAAUCCCUGCUGGACCACAAGCAAGAGGAGGAGUUGAGCGAAGCGGAUCGCAAAGCUGCGUGGGCCGAGUACGAAGCCGAGUCGAACAAAACCAACGCCCCCACCGGUUCAAACCAAGACGGCCUGCAGACAAAGACCAACGAGCAGCUGCUGGAAAUACUCAACAAAAGCAGAAUGACUUUAAGCUCGGUUUUCCUGAGCCUGCAGCAGAUAAGGACUCAUUCUGUUGAGGACUACGUCCUACGACUGGUCAGUGAACACAACCAGAGGGGGAGCUUCUGACAAGCUCACAUGCUUCACUGAGUUCUUUACAGGGCUUAAUGUUACGUCCAACGUUUUAAUCUCAGUCCUAUUUUUUCAGUCAGACUGCGUAUAGAGAGGCUCUGACUAGCCAGGGUGAGCAGAUCCUGAUCUGUGCAGAAUUUUUCAAUUUGUGCCCAACGAAAUGAAACAA